UAUUGUAUCGCAUUUCCGGUGAUUUGUACGUGCGAUGAGAAUUGGACUUUAAAAUUUAUUUCUUUUUCCGGUUCUUGCGGAGCGAACGUUAUAUUUGCGCAAAAUGGCUAAGCGUACAAAGAAGGUUGGAAUCACCGGGAAGUAUGGUACCCGAUAUGGUGCCUCCCUCAGAAAAAUGGUUAAAAAGAUGGAGAUCACUCAACACAGUAAAUACACAUGCACAUUUUGCGGCAAGGACGCGAUGAAGAGGAGCGUUGUAGGAAUUUGGUCAUGCAAACGAUGCAAGAGGACAGUUGCUGGAGGUGCAUGGGUUUAUUCAACUACAGCUGCUGCCUCUGUUAGGUCAGCAGUUAGAAGAUUACGUGAAGUAAAAGAACAAUAAGUAAACAAUAAAUAUCUUAUAGUAUA